UGACAGUGUCAAAGACGCAGAUUAUCAUCGUGGGAGGAGGUAUUAUGGGUGUGUGUACCGCAUACUAUCUCACUCGUGAAGAGGCUUAUCGGGACGGAGACCUCGAUGUGAUCUUGGUGGAAGAAGGAGAGAUUGCAGGAGGUGCUUCUGGUAAAGCUGCCGGCUUUAUUGCACGGGACUGGCACGGGGCCCCGACGCGAUCUCUCGGCGAGCUCUCUUGGCAUCUUCAUGAUCAGCUAGCCGCCGAGCUAGGGGGAGACAAGGCGUACGGGUACCGUCGGGUCAAGAGCUACUCGCUAGACGCCAAGCCAGCUUCACAGAGAAGGCAUGUAGGGGCUUCUAAGCCGGUGAGCAGAGAGGCGAAUCCUUCUGAGAUGCAGGCCCCUACGCGAGCCCUGCCUCACCCGCAAGACUGGCUGUCUUUACCCUCCGGUACCGAAGCUGCGGAGAGGACCCUCGGCUGGCUGGACUCUCAUAGUGUCACAGACCUGAGAGAGCUCGGAGACGAGGACACUACGGCUCAGGUCACUCCGGAGCUGUUUGUUCAAACAUUGUGGAAGGAGUGUCUAGCUGCUGGGGUGAAGCAUGUGCGUGGCAAGGCAGUGGGAUCAAAGCGCAAUGCAGACGGUAGUGUUGCGUCUAUAUCUGUAGAGACUGGGGCGCAUGACACGAUUCCGUUGGCUACGGAUAAGCUACUGCUGGCCGCCGGACCCUGGACUGGCAAAGUCGCCCAAUCCGUCCUCGGCGUCCAAGUACCGAUACGAGAGUUGGCUGGCCACUCGAUCAUCUAUAGACCCACCGAGGCAUUGCCUGCGGAAGCUAUCUUCGCGGCUGUGAGAGAUCAUGGCGUGACGAACGGUCCAGAGAUUUUUACACGGCCUGAUGGGACUCUUUACAUUGCGGGGGAGAACAGCGGUGCGCCCCUUCCUCCCGGAACUUCAACGGUCACCCUGAGCGAGCCAUCAGUGGACCGCCUCAAGAAGUGCAUGGCCAUCCUAUCCCCUGCCAUUGCCGAGGGCGAGAUUGUGUCGAUCAAUCUCUGCUAUCGGCCCAUUACUUCUUCGGGCUAUCCCUUCAUUUCACCGCUGUCUGCAGUACCUAAUGCGUGGGUCUGCGCUGGACAUGGGCCUUGGGGGAUCACCUUAGCCCCUGGGAGCGGCAAGGUGGUGAGCGAGAUGAUCCUCGGGAAGGCUACGAAGAGCGCAGACGUGAGCUUGCUUGGGCUGCCGAGGUCUUCCUGAGGCGGGAGCCAAGAAAGGGAGAUGUGAGCGGACAUUGAAUCUCACGUCCCUUGUUCGUCUCGUCGGAUGCAGCGGAACGGCGGCGCGG